AGGCUACCAGAGGUGCAGCGAGCGAUCGAUCCAGCUCGACUAAUUUGUCAUCAUGUUUGGUUGGUGCUAUGGGAAGUCACAACUAUGUAAUGCCAUGUCUAUUGUGGAGCUUUUGGUACAUAUGGACUGCCAAGGAUGUGAAAAGAGAAUACGAAAAGCAAUCUCGAAAAUUGAGGGUGUUGAUAGCCUGGAAAUCGACAUGGAUACGCAGAAGGUGACCGUAACAGGGUACGUAGACCAGAGGAAGGUGUUGAAGAUGGUGAGAAGAACGGGAAGAAAAGCCGAGUUUUGGCCGUUCCCAUAUGACAGUGAAUACUAUCCUUAUGCAUCACAAUAUCUAGAUGAAUCUAACUAUGCAUCUUCCUAUAACUACUACAGGCAUGGGUUCAAUGAGAGUGUUCAUGGUUACUUUCCAGACCAAGCUUACUCCACUGUUGAUGAUAAUACUGUCCAUCUUUUCAGUGAAGACAAUGUCCAUGCAUAUUGCACCAUCAUGUAACAAUUAUGUUAUAUUAUAUUAAUAACCCACAUAUAAUACAUACAUACAUACAUAUAUAUAUAUAUAUAUAUAUAUAAUUUCUCAAACUAAAUUGAA